AUGGAUAGAUGCAAACAUGUAGGGCGGUUGCGGCUCGCCCAGGACCACUCCAUCCUGAACCCGCAGAAGUGGUACUGCCGGGAGUGCGCCACCACCGAGUCGGUGUGGGCUUGUCUCAAGUGCUCGCACGUGGCCUGCGGCCGCUACAUCGAAGAUCACGCACUCAAACACUUCGAAGAGACCAGACACCCCCUAGCCAUGGAGGUCCGGGAUCUCUACGUGUUCUGCUACCUGUGCAAGGACUACGUGCUUAACGACAACCCGGAGGGGGACCUGAAGCUGCUGAGAAGCUCCCUCCUGGCGGUCAGGGGCCAGACGCAGGACCCGCCGCUGAGGCGCGGGCGGACGCUGCGGUCCAUGGCGGCGGGCGAGGACGCCGUCCCGCCUCAGCGCGCUCCUCAGGGACAGCCGCAGAUGCUCACGGCUCUGUGGUACCGGCGCCAGCGCCUGCUGGCCAGGACGCUGCGGCUCUGGUUCGAGAAGACCUCGCGGGGCCAGGCCAAGCUGGAGCAGCGGCGGCGGGAAGAGGCGCUGGAGCGCAAGAAGGAGGCGGCGCGGCAGCGGCGGCGCGAGGUGAAGCGACGGCUGCUGGAGGAGCUGGCCAGCACCCCUCCGCGCAAAAGCGCGCGCCUGCUGCUGCACGCGCCCCGCACCGCGCCGCCGCGCGUGCCCGCCGCGCGCGCGCCCGCCGGGCCCCGCCCUGCGCCGCGCCGCGCGCCCGCCAUGGCGCCUGGCGUCACGGGCUUGCGCAACCUGGGCAAUACCUGCUACAUGAACUCCAUCCUGCAGGUGCUCAGCCACCUGCGCAAGUUCCGCGAGUGCUUUCUGAACCUCGACCCGUCCAAGACGGAGCAGCUGUUCCCCAGGGCCGCCAACGGCAAGGCCCCGCUCUCAGGCAGGCCAGCCAGCAGCUCCGCCACAGAGCUGUCGUCGCCCCGGAGUGACGGGGCCGAGGCCUGCGAGCGCGAGGGCCUCUGCUUGAACGGUGGGACCUCCCUUAGCAGGAGGCUAGAGCUCAUUCAGAACAAGGAGCCCAGCUCGAAGCACAUCUCCCUCUGCCACGAACUGCACACCCUCUUCCGCGUCAUGUGGUCGGGGAAGUGGGCCCUGGUGUCGCCCUUCGCCAUGCUUCACUCGGUGUGGAGCCUGAUCCCCGCCUUCCGCGGCUACGACCAGCAGGACGCGCAGGAGUUUCUCUGCGAGCUUUUGCACAAAGUGCAGCAGGAACUCGAGUCCGAAGGCACGACACGCCGGAUCCUCAUCCCCUUCUCCCAGAGGAAGCUCACCAAACAGGUCUUAAAGGUGGUGAACACCAUAUUUCACGGGCAGCUACUUAGCCAGGUCACUUGUGUAUCAUGCAAUUACAAAUCCAAUACCAUUGAGCCCUUUUGGGAUCUGUCCCUGGAGUUCCCUGAACGCUAUCACUGCAUAGAAAAGGGGUUUGUCCCUUUGAAUCAGACAGAGUGCCUGCUCACUGAGAUGCUGGCCAAGUUCACAGAGACAGAGGCCCUGGAAGGCAGAAUCUACGCCUGUGACCAGUGUAACAGCAAACGACGAAAAUCCAAUCCAAAACCCCUUGUUCUGAGUGAAGCUAGAAAGCAGUUAAUGAUCUACAGACUACCUCAGGUCCUCCGGCUGCACCUUAAAAGAUUCAGGUGGUCUGGCCGUAAUCACCGAGAGAAGAUUGGGGUCCAUGUCGUCUUUGACCAGGUAUUAACCAUGGAACCUUACUGCUGCAGGGACAUGCUCUCCUCUCUUGACAAAGAGACCUUUGCCUAUGAUCUCUCCGCAGUGGUCAUGCAUCACGGGAAAGGGUUUGGCUCAGGACACUACACAGCCUAUUGCUACAACACAGAGGGAGGUUUUUGGGUCCACUGCAAUGACUCAAAGCUGAAUGUAUGCAGUGUCGAGGAAGUGUGCAAAACUCAAGCCUACAUCCUUUUUUACACUCAAAGAACAGUUCAGGGCAAUGCAAGAAUCUCAGCAACCCAACUCCAAACUCAGGUGCAUUCCAGCAACAACGAUGAGGGCAGACCACGGACCUUCCCCUGAAUGGCAAGCACAUUAUCAAGGACUGACUUGCUUUUAAACUCUUGGUAUUGGUACAUCUUUCCUCUUACAGGAAAUAAGGUUUACUACAGGAACAGAUUACUAGGUUUGCCUCACUGGGUCUAGAGCAGAAGGUGCCAGGUAACUGGUAUCUAUCA